AUGACUCAAAAACAUCUAUUCUCCAUAUUCGACGUGACCAAACAAGUAUUCUAUUCAACGCCGUUAUCAAUCGGUAUAGUAAACCUCAAACCACUACUACCAGGACAUGUUCUGAUUAUACCUAAACGAGUGGUCCCUCGAUUAUCGGACCUAAACCCACCAGAGAUAACAGAUCUGUUCCUUGCUGUACAGAAAGUAGGAAAAGGUUUGGAAAGGUAUUAUAACGCUCAAGCGUUGACUAUCUCUCUACAGGACGGUAAAUCAGCAGGACAAUCAGUUCCUCAUGUCCAUGUUCAUAUCUUACCUCGUCAUUCGACUGAUUUCGAUGGUGAGAACGAUCGGAUAUACCCCCUCUUGGAGGAAAAUGAAUCGCACUUGAAAGAGAACUUGGAGAAAUCACAAGCUCAGAAAGAAACGACAUUGCCGAAUGGUGAGAUCAACAACCAGCCGAAGAUGACCAAUGGAAAUGGAAAUGCCACUGGAAAUGGGAAUAGGAUAGGCGAGAAUUGGGAUAUACCUUCGGAUGAAGAUAGAAAACCUCGUUCGAUGCAGGAGAUGGAGAAUGAGGCGAGGGCUUUGGAAAACUAUUGCAAAUCGAUAGAAGGGACACAGUAG